GUUGAUAGUUUCCCUGUGGUGGAAGAAGGGUCGUACAGCAGUGCCCCAGUCAUCACCGAUAUGCAGUUGGUGAAAAAGAUGUGCUAGCCAUAGUUCCUUGCCAAGCUUCAACAAGUGCUAGUCAGCCCCGUGUGUACUGUCUAAGUGUUGACAAUGUUGGUAUCGCGGAUGGUGAUGGUAGUGGCGUUGGCGCCCUACCUGGUAUGGGCACAGCUCGGCGCUUCACCUGAGAACUCUACCGUGGAGAAUUGUGAAUGUUCGCCGGCGUGUGAGGGAGGCGUGGGUGGCGGUGGGUGCCGUGGGCGUGUGAUGGCGCGGGAGGAUUGUCCCUGCUGUCGUGUGUGUGCCCAACAGGCGGGCGACCCCUGCUCCCUCCCCUCCCUCCCCUGCGACAAGGAGUUCGGCCUCGUCUGCUCCCCCGAGGGCGUCUGUCAAGCUGAGUUUGCCUGCGCCUCCGACCCCGAGUGUCCUGAUGAUCGGUUCUGCCUGGGUGGUGUGUGUGUGGACCCCUGCCCCAUCCUGACGCCGUGCUCGGGGGCGCUCAAGGGCGGCGUGUGCGUCUCCAAGGACCACCGGCCAGUGUGCGAGUGUCCGUCAGGCACCAUUGCUAACUCUGACGCCAAGCUCUGUAUACCUUACAAUGGCACCGAAACAGGAUGUCAACACGAGGAGCGUCUCUACGCCGUGGAUGAGGUCCGUUACAGCGACAAGUGCCAGGAGCAGUGCCGGUGUGGCUCUGACGGCACCUUCUCGUGUGGUCCCGUCACCUGCCCUCCUGGACUCUUCCUCGCCGGCCAACAUUCCCAGCAGGAGAUGUGUAUUGAGCUGCGGAACCGACCCGAGACGGACGAGUGUUGCGUUGUUGUGGCGUGCGCCAACAGUCUGGCGCGGCCCUCACUACUCACCUCCCCAGUCCUCAGCCGCCCCUCACUCGGUGUCGAGGAACACGAUGGCCAACAGCUCCAGGUACUGAGAGGCCGCAAGGCAGGCCCGGGCAUUCCCUCACCCAUCACCGGGGAGGAGUACCAGAAACAACUCAAAGAAUUGGAGGUAGAAGUCAACAAGAAGCACGAAAAGAAGAAAACAACAGACGUUAAGGAAUCAGAACAACACAAGCAGGGCGGCAGUGACGCUGUUGCUGUUGUCGGUGAUGCCGUCGAGGAAGCUGUAGAUGCACCGGUGACGGAGGUGGUGACAGAACUAGGUACACUUGCUGGAGAGGAAGAAGUAACAACCCCGCCAUGGGACGUUGAGGGUUCAGUGCAGGAGACCGUGGACGAGGUGACGGAGGCGGAAGGCUUCACGACGUUGAUGCCGACCACUCAAGAGGAGGAACAGGUGAGGGACGGGGAAGACGCAGCUUUGGUCUUGGAAUAUGAUGACACUGGCGACCUGGUGCACCGCAUCACCGUGCACGAGCGUGUGGAGGUGGUCACCCAACCCGCCACGCUAGAGGAAGAGACAUCUACGCCACCAACCCAGCAGGAGGAAGAAACGAGCCUAGCGAGGGAAGGCAAGAAGGCUCCAGACGAUGCCAACGUUACCCAAGACGAGCCCACCGAUACUGAGUCCAUUAAGCUGUUGGAGGCCAAAGGAGGGAGUGGAGCCCUGAAGGUGGUGGAGGUGACCCACAACUCGUCCACCGUGGUGCUCCCCUCCAGUAAGGGCGGCGAGGUGUACUACAAGGCGGCGGAGGGGAACGAGUGGUUGCGGGUGAUGGUGGAGAGCGGGCAGGACUCUCUGGUGCUCAAGGGCCUCCACCCCAGCACCCAGUACACCCUCAAGUGGUCAGGCGUGUCAGGAGGGUCUGCUAAGAUCACCAUCGAUACUCAGGAGGUUUGCCGUGUGGGCAACGAGACCUACGCCAUCGGGCACAAUUGGGCUCAGGGGUGCCAAGAGCGGUGCUCCUGUAGACCAGGAGGAGUCGUCGACUGCCAGCCUAGGUGCAUCUUCGCUGCCGGCGACAUCACGAACCCACAGUGUGAGGAGCGCCCCGCCCCCGAGGACCCCGAGUGUUGUGUUGUUUACGACUGCAAGUCUGAUGAGUCAGAUAUCACAGGCACAGUUGCAUCAGGUGCUCAGGAAAAUGCCGGCUUACCCAAGCUCUUGGUCACUGCGAAAACACACAACUCCGUCACUCUUGCUUGGGAUGAUUUUAGAGCGAGGACAUAUAAGGGUGGGUAUGUGGCUGAAUACCGUGAGGAACCUGCAGACCCAGCAACAGGUAUUGUGGUAGAGCAGCCGUGGAUGAGGAAGGAAGUCCCUCCAGGAGAACUCCCUCCCAAACUUACUGUGGAGGGACUCAGACCCAACACCUUGUAUGAGGUUCGUGUUUCCAUCUAUGAUGAUGUGGAAGAAGGACGCUUAGGAGAGGCCACUGAGACCAUCAAUGUCAAGACAGAAGCUGGAUGUGUGUAUGGCAACUCCUCUCAUUCUGUUGGGGAAUUUUAUAAUGGAUGUGAAGAAAGAUGCAUGUGUGUUGCUACAGGCGACGUUCAGUGCUUUGAGCGCUGCACUUUACCAUAUUUUAGGGCUGGUUCAUUCAGAGGAGAUCCUUUGUGCAGUGAGCACCCCGAUGAAAGGGAUGAAUGUUGCGUCACUGUUCGUUGUGCCAGUGAUAGAAGAGAAGCCUAUAAUCAGUGCACAAAUGUUGUUUGUGGUCAAAAUGCUGAGUGCAUCUCUGGUACUAUGGCCUCAAAGGACCUUAGGCUUAGUGAUAUUGAUAGUGACCUGACACUUGGAUACUGCCGUUGUCUUAAAGGAUUCACUGGUGAUGCAUCAGACCUAGAUUCUGGAUGUGUGCCUGACCCGUCUGCUGGACACAAAGAAGGAAGUUGCACCUUCAAGAACAGCACCUACCGUUCAGGUGAUGUCUUCCACGAUGAAUGUGACUACCGCUGUUCUUGCAGCAACAACAGUGAGAUAGAGUGUGAGCCACGAUGUGAGUUUCCACACGAGGAUGGCUCACAGACGGAGCCUGGAUGUGAGUAUAUUCCAGACCCCAAGGACCACUGCUGUAAGUUGAGAGUUUGUAAUUCAACUUCAGAAGCUGCAACUGAUGCUGCUCGGGCCCCAUCUCUUCCUUCUGAUGGCUGUACAGAAGGCAACAUCACUUAUGCCAGGGAUGAGAAAUUCUACAAUGGUUGUGAGACUUCAUGCACAUGCCUGGGCUUUGGUGAUGUCUCAUGCACCCCUAGAUGUCCACCCUUGAAGGUUGUGUCUGCGACACCCAAACGCUGUGAUACUUUGCCUGACCCUCUAGAUACCUGCUGUUCUAUCACUGUGUGUGAUGCAGAAACCCCUGAUGUCAUGAAGGCCAACAUCACAGAAUUAGAAAAAAAGAUGAUGAAGAUGAACAUGACUGAUAUGGAAAAAGAAAUGAAGAUGAAAGAAAUGAUGAUGAAUAUGACAGGAGCAGAGAAAGAGGCUCUGAUGAAUAUAAGCAAGAUAGAGAGAAUACCAAAUGAUAUGGAUGCAAUGAUGCCUGAAGAAGAUAUUGCAACCACUGUAAUGCCUGAAAAAGAAAUGCUGAUACACCUCAAUGAACACACCCAUGAUGAUGGCACAACACACAGCCACCCUCAUGAACAUGGCAUGGAUGAAACUCUCAAUCACACUGAUCAUGAUGGUCAGGCACAUGACCAUGAUAAAAAUGGUCAGCAAGCUCACAAUAAUCAUGAUAUUUUCACUGGAAUACACAACCAUACUCAUACCCAUGAAAAUGGUGUAACACAUACUCAUCCUCAUGAGCACAACAUGGACAAUAUGCAUGAUCAUGAACACAAUAUGAAUGACACCCACACCCAUGAAGAUGGUACGACACACAGCCACCCUCAUGACCAUGCCAUGGAUCACACUCAUGAUAAUGACACCCACACCCAUGAAGAUGGUACGACACACAGCCACCCUCAUGACCGUACCAUGGAUCACACUCAUGACAAUGACACCCACACCCAUGAAGAUGGUACGACACACAGCCACCCUCAUGACCAUACCAUGGAUCACACUCAUGACAAUGACACCCACACCCAUGAAGAUGGUACGACACACAGCCACCCUCAUGACCGUACCAUGGAUCACACUCAUGAUAAUGACACCCACACCCAUGAAGAUGGUAUGACACACAGCCACCCUCAUGACCAUACCAUGGAUCACACUCAUGAUAAUGACACCCACACCCAUGAAGAUGGUACGACACACAGCCACCCUCAUGACCGUACCAUGGAUCACCAUGAUAAUGACACCCACACCCAUGAAGAUGUGCGACACACAGCCACCCUCAUGACCGUACCAUGGAUCACACUCAUGAUAAUGACACACACCCAUGAAGAUGGUAUGACACACAGCCACCCUCAUGACCAUACCAUGGAUCACACUCAUGAUAAUGACACCCACACCCAUGAAGAUGGUACGACACACAGCCACCCUCAUGACCGUACCAUGGAUCACACUCAUGAUAAUGACACAAAUGACACCCACACCCAUGAAGAUGGUACGACACACAGCCACCCUCAUGACCGUACCAUGGAUCACACUCAUGAUCAUGGCAUAAAUGACACCCACACCCAUGAAGAUGGUACGACACACAGCCACCCUCAUGACCGUACCAUGGAUCACACUCAUGAUCAUGGCACAAAUGACACCCACACCCAUGAAGAUGGUACGACACACAGCCACCCUCAUGUAGUUGGCAUGAAUAGCACCCAUAAUCAGGAACAUGAUAUGAAUGAAACUCACAAUCACACUCAUAUGUGGGAUGGUGUAUCCCACAUUCACCCAGGCGGUCAGGAAAUGGAUGAAGAUCACAAUCACACCCACGUAGAUAGUUUGGCUGAAGGUAAUGAACACACCCAUGAGGAUGGUGUUACUCAUUUCCACGCUCAUGAAGACAGCAACCAUACUCAUAUGCCUGAGGAUGGAAUAAAUGAUUUCCACAACCACACCAGUAUCAAUAUUCUUGAGAAGAAAAACAGAGCUGAGGACUUAGGGACUCACGACCUAAAUAUCUUGGAGGUGAUGGCAGUCAAUUCUACCACAGUGAUGAUUAGAUUAGAUGUAUCAAACUCUGUCAUGAAUCAGAUCCAGUCAUCUGAUGAUCAGCACUUUAUGGUCCUCUACAGUCCUGAUUCCCUCAUUUGGCCAGAGAGAAAGAUACCUGUAAGUGAGGCCAAAAUAGGCAUUAAUGAAAUUGUCUUGUAUCUCAACGACCUCAAACCGUCUACACCUUAUCAGUUCCGUGUUGCAUUCCAAGACUUUGUUAGUUCCACAUCAAAGGCAAGACUCCUGGAUGGCACUGUAGAAACAGGUGAAGUUGAAGUUGGUCCAGCACACUUAGGGUGCGUUGCUGGAAUGCAGUUCAUGGAAGAGACAGAGUGUGGCCGUCAGUGUAUGUGUCAAGCCAAUGGCCAGGUGACCUGCAAGCCUCGGUGUCCUCGUGUCGAAGUACCACAGGACUCCAUCACCAGCUGUACACUUGUACCCAGCCCUGAUGACCCUUGUUGUACUGUACCAGAUUGUCUCCUCAACUUAUUCAACCACAAUGUACUUCUGAAUUCUGAAAAUUUGACAAAUAAUCCUCGUGUGAAUUUUAACACUGGUAGCAUGGACCACAUCAAUCAGCCAAACAAUGCACAUGAACAUGAAAAUGUUUUAAUGAUGAGCAAACCCAAAGAUGGAAACCAGGAUUCUAGCAGAAUAUCUCAGUCAAUUCUUGUUGAAGCUACAGAUGACGCUAAACCCACAAGUGAAACCAGAGACAAACAUGUUAAUAUCACAGAUAGUCAUCAUCCUGCCAAGAACACACUCAUCCCUGAAGACCAGGUUGCAUCUGGGAGACCAUUGAAAUCUUUCAUUUCUUUAAAUGAUUUGCUCAACAAGCAUAAUCAGCUGGGAAGUGUCCCCCACAAUACUUCAGCUGUAUCACAUAGGCAAGAUGAAAACUCUGACAUCAAUAGAAAUAUAACAAAAGAAACAUCCCAUGGUUUCCCUAACACCUUAAACAAAAUUACCUCAUCUCGACAUAAUGCCUCAUUUAUACUUACUGAAGGUAUUAGAAACACUGAAAGCACAAGAGAAAAAUCUUCCCUUGCCAUUUCAGAAAAUGAAUUUGAGCAUUUGUCAGACACACAAGAUCAUAAAACUUUACAUUUACUCAGUGCUGAUGCAAAUGUUUCCUCAAAUACUUCAUCAGUUUUACCUCCUGAUGAAAUUGGCACACAUGUACCUAAUGAUGACAGAGAAGAUAACCCACCAUACUUACCUGACAGUGUAAAUGAAAAUGAAGUUGGUUCAUCUACAAACAAAGAUGAACACGACAGUGCCUUCUCAUCCAGUGACUUUGAAGAAAACUCACAUCUACCCAUUGAUGGUAGAGAAGGGUCAAUUUUACCAAAUGAAGAAGAGGAGAAUAUAUAUGACACACAUGAAGAUAAUGUUUAUUUACCUCACCAAAAAGAAGGGAACUCACAUUUACCAACAGAUGAUGAAGUGAAUCUUUACUUGCUUAAUGAGCAUGGUGUACACCCUGAUUUGGCUGAUGGACAUACUGAGAAUCUUCAUCUUAAAGAGAACAGACCAAAAGAACAAAGACCUGAUUCCUACUUACCAUCAACUAAUGGAAAGCUUCCUCACCAUCCUGCAAGUAUAGAGGCUACUGUUGUUACUGAGGAGGAACUACUUGCUCCUGUCUCCAACAAGACUAUCAUUAAAGAUGGGACAGACGGUGUGGACAUUGAUACUUCAAAGAUGUGUUCCCGUAAUGGACGUCAUUACAAACCUGGGCAAGAUUUCUUUGAAGAUUGUGCCAGCUUCUGCAUCUGCAAAGAAGAUAUGAAGAUUCACUGCGCUGCCAUUGAGUGUCCAGUUAAUUUUGGGUUGGACCUUAAGGAUCCUAAUUGCCUUGAAUGGGACCAGGACCCUCACUAUGUUCCUACACCACCAAAAUGUUGUCCCCAAGUGAAAUGCAUCAUGACCUCAGCUUGUGUCUACAUGGGUCAGACUUUCAACAAUUAUGAUGAAAUCCCAAGAGAACUAACUGGCUGUUCACAAGAAUGCUCUUGUAAUUAUGGCAAUGUGACCUGCCGUGACCUCUGUGCUCCAGUGCCCUCCAUACCCCCUCCAGAACUCAACUGUGAACCCCAAAAUGCUGUGCUCAUUACUCUUCCUGGGGAGACGUGCUGUAGGUCUUGGCAGUGUGCAGCCCAUUCAGGUGUAGAGUUUGAGUUCUUGGGUACAACGGAAGUGGUAGAAACAACGCAGUUUCCAGGUGACUCCCCAGGUACCCUUGUGAGUUUUCCUGUGCCGCCCGGGUCUGAAAUGAGUGACACCCAUACUUCUGGUUUUGUACCCAUCGCUCAUCCCGUAAACCCUAUCCUUGGUGCAGAUGGCAUUGCUGAACCUUAUGUCACCCCACUAGAUGCCAGAAAUGUUCACUUCUUCUUCUCCACCCCAAAACACUACCAAGGUCUUCCUGGUGAACUACUUAUUAGGUUUACAAAUGAUCCAGUAAGCCAAGCUGACCCCAGUACUUGGUCCCAAGAGAUAUUGGUACCCAUGGGGUCCAUUAUUAGUCAGUCAGAGUGGGACCACCUCUUGACUGGCCUGCAGCCUUCUACCGUGUAUAGUAUGCAGGUUGUGCUGACUGUGCAUGGUACUGAGCCAGUCACUUCACCAGUAAUUACCUACACCACCAUGGAGGAAGCUACACCACCACCAACUACCACUCCUUUACCUCGAUUGGACAUAAAUGCUGAGCUUUAUGCCUCUGAGAUCACCAAGACUACAGCAAAGGUGUCCUGGCGAGGCUUUGAUGACUUUGAGCUUCAUUACAUUGAUGGUGUACAAGUUAAAUACACUGAGAAGGAUAAACUGAUCCCCAAGUUCAGCCAGCUGUUCCACCGUGACAAUGACCAAAUGGACCUGCGAGGCCUCCAGCCAGGCCAUUCCUAUACUGUGGACUUAGUUUUCAUCACCCAUGAGAACCAAACAACACAAGUCUCUAAUACUAAGCCGAUAACCUUUACUACACUUCCUGAAGAAGAUCCUUAUGCAUUUGAGAUUGAGGUAACAGCUGGCAAGGUGGCAUCCCAGACUGCAGAACUGUUUUAUUCUGGAGUGCCGGAGCCUGAAGAAAAGUACAUUAAUGUGUACCGAGCUGUCUAUUUACGUGAAGACGAGCGGGUAGAUGCAGAAUCUUUCAAGGUCCCCAAGACUGGCCAUGAGAAAAAAAUCCUGUUGCAUGAAUUAAAGCCUGAUGUUGAAUACCAGGUGUGGAUAGAAGCCUACCUGUCCAAUGGCCGCAAGAAGAAGAGCAACGUUCUCACCAUCACCACUCGUGCUGGCCAGCUUCCUAAACCUGAGAGAAGUGAAGUUGAUCCCUCAACUAAGGAAUCAAAGGAUAGUGAGGGUUACUACCCAGCGCUGGUUGCCGUAGCGAUCAUUGCAGCCAUUGCCUGUUUGGGCUUCCUUGGUCUCCUCAUCAUACUUCUCAGAAAGCAGAGCCAUGCAAAGGCUCACAUUAAUUCCGCCAGAAACAACGCCGCGUAUGACAACCCGUCAUACAAGGUAGGCGACAAUACAUACGAUAUGGAGAUGAAUGGAAUUAAAGGAAGCGGAAAUGGUGCCACACACAUGGAGGAACCUUAGUCCAUGCUCACAUCUAGGUCAAGCUUUUCAUCUAUUAUUUUGUUCUCAUUUGUCUUCCCCUUUCCCAGUUUAAAUGUUCAUAUGUCUCAUUUUAGAGAAGAACAUUGUUUUAUAUCCUUUUGUCUCAAGUGUUGAGAUCAAGCAAUAGUGUAAAAAUGCUUCCAUCAAUAUUACUGAUGUAAAUAUUUGCAAUAAAAAAAAAGCCCAGAACUUGUACCAUUGCCUUGAUUGGCUGUCUUAUUUUUACUGGAAAAAUUCAAAUUGACUCAAGAGGCAAAACACAGUUAUCAGAUAAAAGCUGCUGUACACCUGUUGAAUAUAAUUUGUUACAAUGGUUAUUAGUAUGGGCUUUAGUGUAAUAUACACCAGCCUCAUGAACUUCUACAACAUAUUCUUCUCAUACUGUCUUUUAGUGUUAUGGUGUUAUAAUAAUCAAGUUAUAGCUUAAUACUAACUUGUGCUUCAGUCAGUUAUCUUUAUCUAUUUAUAGGUAUUUAUAGUCCCCCCAGAAGUGAUCCAGAGUACUAUGCUAGUACUCUGUCAAUAAUUUGGUUGUGCCUUUUAAAGCAAAAGUGUUGUACUUAAUUGUGCCAUUAUUGUACACUAGCACAGAUGGAAAUUGUACAAGAGACUACAGUUAUAACAUUCAAGAGAAUUAAAUAGUGUCCACAUCCUCUUUCUAUUAGGAAGUGAACAGUAUUUGAAACUUGAUGGUAAAUAACAGUCAAAUAAGCAUGUGAAAUAAACACUACAUGCAAACGUCCAAACUUUUCCAUACUGCAAACUCCAUGAGUAAGGCGAGUUAUCCACUAGAGUUAAGAGAUGUGUAAUCACUCAUUUGUCCCACAUUUUCUUAAAUAUUCUGUUGGAUAUCUUGCAAUCCUUUUGAAGGAUAAAUUCAACAAAAUAUAUAAGCAACUGUCUGGGGUAACCAACACUGUUACAGAAAUACAUUGUUAUGAAUAUAAUAAAUGUAACAUUAUGCAGAAGUCAUAGGAAUAUUUAAGUACUACAUUACUGUACAAUGUAAGAAAUUAGUUCUUGUGGAAAAACUUCCCUACUGCCAGGAAAACACUACUGAUAAUGUAUAUGUGAUAAGAAUGAUCUGAAGUUUUCUAAUAUAGUGUAAGUGUUAUCAAUAAAUGUGUAUAUCAUUUAAGCAUUACAAACAUUUAUUCAUGAUUUGUACUUGUAUUUUUGUACUGUACUUUGUUUUACAAAAUCUAUUUUUCAUAAUAUUAGAUCCUCACCUUUGUCCAGUAUUGACUAUUGAGGAUUUUCAGCUAAAUUGUAAUUGUUUGUUACACAUUAAGUUGAGAAUUACUGUAAUGUCAAUGGAAAGUGCUAUAUAGAAUAUCAGAGUACAUUAUUACCAGUACCCUGUAGCUCGUGUCACAAACUACUCAUUUAAGCCCUUGCUUAAAUUAAAAUUUAGGGGAAUUACUGUACAGUUUAGGAAUAAAUUCAUCUAUUUUGAUUACCUCCACAAUAUAUUUCUCAUUUUUAAUUAUAAAUUUUUAUACAUUUCUCACAAUUGUGUAAUUACUGCUUGUUCGUGUGGUCAAAUUCCAAGCCAUUCAGGCCGACAUAUUAACAUUGACGGUCGACAUGUUAACACUGGUCAGCCUGUUUUGUACAGAUAUAGUUGUAAAAAUAUUGUGCUGUAAAGCACAUUAAACUACUCCUAAGAA